UUGAAUUUGAUCUUCUCGAAAAAAACUCUUAACUUUUGUUCUGACGAAGAAGAAAAUAUUCAACCUCCCCGAUCUGGAUACAGGCGCCUGCAGAUUCUAUCUUCUAGUGAUAGCGAGAGUACUGAUAUUGAGCACGCCAUCCAGAAUUUGGAGAGUGCUUCAUCAUCGAAGUGGACAGACCCUAAAGGUAAUCAGCGUAAUUUAAUUCCUUUUACUGAAUGUUCUGGCAUGCCUAUUUCUGUCCGCUUGUCUGUGACUAACCAAUCUCCUGCUGAUUUCUUUCCUCUUUUGGUCACGGAUGGUAUUUUAGAACAAAUUGUUGAAUGCACUAAUGCUUUUGCUAUAGCUAAAAUAACUCGAACAGCAGAAGCAUCAAAAAGUGCGAGAAUCCGCAAAUGGUCUCCAACUAACCUUGCCGAAAUGAAAUGCUUUUUUAGCUUGAUUAUAUAUAUGGGUUUAGUUAAGCUUCCUAAAAUAAGCGACUAUUGGUCCAAAGAUGAAAUUAUGGGUCAAAACUUUCCACGUACAGUAAUGGCAAGGAAUAGAUUUGAACUGCUUUUGCAAAUGCUUCAUUUUUCACAAGAUGAUGAUGCCAAUAAAGCAGAUCGACUUCACCGCGUUAAGUCUUUGUUAGAUAAGCUUAAUCACAAUUUUAAGAGUAAUUAUAUUCCUGGACAAGACAUUUGUAUAGAUGAGAGUAUGGUCCCAUUUCGAGGACGUUUAAUAUUCCGCCAGUAUAAUAAGCAAAAGAGGCAUAAGUAUGGAAUAAAGCUUUUUAAACUGUGCUGUUUACUAGGAUAUACAUACCGAGUUAAUGUAUACGCUGGCAAACAACAUGAGCAAAUAAAUAUUACACCUCAAAGUGUUGUAAUGAACCUUUGCCAAGAUCUUCUGAAUAAAGGGCAUUGCUUGUACAGAGAUAAUUGGUAUACAAGUGUAAGUUUAGCUAGAGAGCUCAUGAAAAACGAAACAUAUUUGAUCGGAACUUUACGCAAAAAUCGCAAACAUUUCCCUAAAGUUAUUGUUUCCACCAAGCUCAAAAAAGGCGAGUUUAUUGCCAAAGAAAGUGAUGACGGUAUAACCGUUUUAAGAUGGAAAGAUAAGAGAGAUGUUUUAGUCCUAUCCACGAAACAUUCAACGCGUUUUCUGCCCAUCAAUAAACAUAAUAAAACAAAUUUAACCGGCUAUAGUUCUUGA